AUGUCAGAGAAGAGUGUAAUGCCAUACCCACCUAUCCAACACAGAAAGGUUGUCCACAAGAAAACACGAAAAGCAGUCUCCUUCCAAGCAGACCUUCAAAAUGUCCUUAUCAUGCUUCUCUCAAAACACGCUGACAUCUACAUCGGAAAAACCUCAAAAAAAGCAAAGCUCACAACCCAAUUCCACAAAAUCAAAUCGAUCAAAAUCAAUGAUGAAGUUCUUGAUGUGGUUAAGUUCAUCAAGAAGCGGUGUGACGCUCUCACCGCUAUCAUGUGCGAUGAAGGCGUCAAAAUAGAAACAGUAAAACGAAGAAUGCAACCUGCAAAACGGAUGGAGGCGUUCCACCUUUUAGAGGACUUUGUUGCAGAGUUUGGGUAUAUUGUCAUCAAUGCGAAAGACGAAAGUGAUGGUAUUGUCGGCGAUGCAAAAAUCAUUUCGGCAGAAACAGGGAAAGUCCUUUACGAGACAACUGAAAUUAAGGAGCUAGGCACUAAAGCCAGCCGAUAUAUCUCUUCUAUCGUCUCCCUUGAAAACGAGGUAUUGAUUAAAAAUAUGACGAACUUCAUGUAA